AUGGUGAAGGUCGGAGUGAACGGAUUUGGCCGUAUUGGACACCUGGUUACCAGGGCUGCCUUCACUUCUGUCAAAGUGGACGUUGUUGCCAUCAAUGACCUUUUCAUCGACCUCAACUACAUGGUCUACAUGUUCCAGUAUGACUCCACCCAUGGCAAGUUCAAAGGCACCGUCAAGGCUGAGAAUGGGAAGCUGGUCAUCAACUGGAAGGCUAUCACCAUCUUCCAGGAGCGAGAUCUCGCCAAUAUCAAAUGGGAUGAUGCCAACGCCGAGUAUGUUGUGGAGUCGACCGGUGUCUUCACCACCAUGGAGAAGGCUGGGGCCCACUUGAAGGGUGGGGCCAAAAGGGUCAUCAUCUCCGCCCCUUCUGUGGAUGCCCCCAUGAUUGUGAUGGGUGUGAACCAUGACAACCAUGGCACUGCCCAGAACAUCAUCCCUGCAUCCACUGGUGCUGCCAAAGCUAUGGGCAAAGUCAUCCCAGAGCUGAACGGGAAGAUCAUGGGCAUGGCCUUCCGUGUUCCUACCACCAAUGUGUCUGUCGUGGAUCUGACAUGCCACCUGGAAAAAGGUGCCAAGUAUGACGACAUCAAGAAGGUGGUGAAGCAGGCAUCUGAGGACCCACUAAAGUCUCCUGUGACUUUAACAAGUGCACAGGCUGAAAUGUGGACAGGACCCCAGUGCCAUCCCGUGUGCAUCUCUUUCAUCCUCACAAGAGUACUUGGGUUCUGUUUAGCUACGGAGAGUCUUGCUGUGCUUACCAGUUUCCAUGGCAAGGUGCGGACACCAGACUUCACCAGCUUUGUACCUGAGAAGCCAGGCACUCAAAAUCAAAACAGUAACUAA